GAAGUGGCGGCGGAAGCGGGGGGGCGGGGCGAGCGGCGGCCCUGCCCCGGGGCGGGGCGGGGAGCGGCGUUGCGCGGCCAUGGCGGCGGGCGGAGAGGAGGGUUGCGAGCACUACCGCCGUGGCUGCCUGCUCCGGGCACCGUGCUGUGGGAAGCUGUACGCCUGCCGGCUGUGCCACGACGGCGCCGAGGGCCACCGACUGGACCGCUUCCGCGUGGCCGAGGUGCAGUGUGCCCGCUGCCGCCGCCUGCAGAAGGCGCAGCAGAGCUGCGAGAGCUGCCACAGCCUCUUCGGGGAGUACUACUGCGGCAUCUGCCACCUGUUCGACCGCGACAAGAAACAGUACCACUGCGCCGAGUGCGGCAUUUGCAGGAUUGGUCCAAAGGAAGAUUUCUUCCACUGUUCAAAAUGUAAUUUAUGCCUAAGCUUGAGUCUUCGAGGAAAGCACAAGUGCAUAGAGAACGUCUCCAGGCAGGAUUGUCCAAUAUGUUUGGAGGAUAUUCACACGUCUCGUGUUGGAGCUCAUGUUCUGCCAUGUGGUCACCUUCUUCACAGAACAUGUUACGAGGACAUGUUAAAGGAAGGUUACAGAUGUCCUUUGUGCAUGCACUCGGCUUUAGAUAUGACAAGGUACUGGCGUCAGCUGGAUGACGAAGUAGCACAGACGCCUAUGCCCACAGAGUAUCAGAACAUGAUGGUGGAGAUCCUUUGUAAUGAUUGCAGUGCCCGGUCUACAGUGCAGUUCCAUCUCCUAGGCAUGAAAUGUACAAACUGUGAAUCAUACAAUACUGCCCAAGAUGGAAAAUGCAGGCUGACUUUGGAGUAGCAGUGAUUAAGAUGCACGUUACAUAUGGCUGGUCAAGGAAAAUGCUACUGUGGAAGAGACUUGUCUGUUUUCUUUAAAAAAAAAAAAAAAAUUGUCUGUAAAAAUUUAUUCACACCUGUCAUGCCAACAGUAAAAUGGUUACAAAGUUUUAGGCUGGUGCAAAGGAGUUCUGCUAAUAGUGUCCCCAACCUCAGUACCUGCUACAGCAUGGUCAGGCUCUUCAGGAAUCUCUCCGUCCAACAGUGUGUAACAACCUGAUGAGGUUAGUCUGCAAGAGAAUGGCUCUCUUUAAAAGAGCGUUUUACCACAUCGUAGAAAAGACAGCCUAGAAGAAUAACAAAUGAGAUGCCAAAGGGAGAAGUACAAGCAAUAGCUGUCAGAACAGAACAUAUCUUGGGGCAGUCAAAGACUGAUCUGGCUUAGAGAGGCCCUGAGCAUAACACAGGGUGGAGGUAUAGCCAUUCUGGUAGCAACUCAUAGGGAAAAUUGGUGGCUUUGAGAUGAUACCUUACAUAAAGCUGACGUCUGCAAAGUUUUGCAUAAGUAUGUUCUGUUCUUUUAAGUGACGUGUUUGUUCUAGGGCCUUGGAGCCAUCAAGCAAAUGGAUGGAAAGGGUGAGCUUGCAGAAAUUGCAUCUCAGUCUGAUUGGUAGACACAAGUGCACACACCAUGUGUACAGAAUUCACUUCAAAAGCAGGGCUGGUGUGUGUGUGUAUGUCUGAUGAACGGCUUUUGAAUCAAGCUACAGGGCUGCCCUUAUUCCCACAGGUACUCACGUGACCUGGUGUCUCUUCAUUUAGAUUCCUUUGCCAGCUGCAAUUGCAUUUAACACCAAUUUCUUCCUAAUUAGCUUUAUUCAUUUACAGGGGCCUAGGUGUCAUAGGGUUUUAGACACGUACGUAGCUUGACAUGUUGAUGGUUCAGUACGUGAAGUGAACCAUAUAGCAUUAUCUUUGCAGGAUUGCUGUCAGGCCAGCCAAUCCUGCUAAGCCUGAGAUAGUUGCUAAAGUUGCAGCCAUUCAUAGAGGGACUCUCAAGUCAUGCAGGGACCAGUCUUCUGUCACUUUAUUAUUUUUUAUGGUAUCUAAUUUCAUUGUGGGAGGAGAGGGGAGGAUGGAGGAAUGUUUUUUUCUUUUUUAAAAGGAAUAAAAACUCCCAUCCUUCUCUUUUAUAUGAUAUCCUGCCCAGUGUUUUGCAGAAAAAAUAUUGCAGCUAGUCCUUAGUUUCUGAGAAUUUCAGAAAGUUCAAAUAGUGUGGAGCAUGGCUCCUACUGUCCAAACUGCAUGAAAUGCAAAAGUUCCUCUUCACCAUACAACUACUUGUUUUCAACUUGCUCUAUGGUAAAGCAACAGACUUCUUUAUCUGACAGUGCCCUUUUAUGUAUGAAAUACUAGGAAUCAGAUGAUCGUAUUACUGUAGCUUGCAUUUACUUAGGUUUCUUUUUCUGAAGCACUUUUCUGACUGCUAUAAAUGAAUGUAAAUUAAUGUCUCUAUUAAAACAAAUUGUACUAUG